UCCAGUUCAAUUGAAUCUCUUUUGAGAAGCUUCCACAUGUCCACCGCAGAGGACGCUCGUAUUCUCGUUACUUUUGAUGUUGACGGUACACUAGUUCGGUCAGUGGGGUCGACCGGAGCGGAGAGGAAUAGGUGGCAUCACCUCGCCUUUGCCGCUGGGAUGAAGGAAGUCUUUAACAUCGAUGAUGCUGAUGUUACCAAAAUUGCCCAUCAUGGCUUGACGGAUAUGCUGAUUGCCAGGGAUUUAGCUGUGCACUACGGGUGUCCGCCUGUGGAGGUUACUGAUGAUAAAGUGGCAAGGGUUAUGAAGGUGAUGGACGAGUUCGCUCGUGAGCACUAUGACAAGUUUGGCGAAGGCCUCGAAAUAUUGCCCGGUGUACGCUCUCUAUUGAAGACCUUGUCUGAGGAGUAUAGAUGCAAGGUUGUUGUGGGGCUGGUUACAGGCAAUGUGGAGUCUAUCGGGUGGGCCAAGAUGCGUGCCCUAGGGAUCGAGCAGUACUUCACUACAGAGCCUAUAAGGGUUGGCGCAUUUGGAGGGAACGAUUCGCCUUAUCGAGCUGAAUUGGUUCGUAUGGCUCGUAGUAAGGCCGAGACGGUUUUCCCCGGGAUAAAACGGCACUUCCACGUGGGAGAUGCACCAAAUGAUAUCAUGGCGGCGAUCGAUGGGGGUGCCUUCGCUAUCGGAGUCACCACGGGGACGUUCUCAGCCGAUGAUCUUAACACUGUAAAAGGAGCCACAGCAGAAAACCAUAUAGUCCUUGAAAGCCUCCUUGACAAUGAUAGAGUUUUGGCUGUUAUGGGCCUGUGUAGAUAGUUCAACUACAGUCCUGAUGAGGACGAUGAUGCACUACUCUGUUCCGUUGUAGUGGUUUCCCUCAUCACCACGGUUGUG